AUGGCCCGCAACAAGAACCACCGUGGCGUCGACGCCACCAUCACUGCCGUUCCUUCUUCCUCCCCCAACGGUACUACCACAACCACAACCGCUAGUACAAGCAAACCCCUACCCAACUCCCCACCUGUGCCCCCAGUCCCCGAAGUCGAGGUCGAACCCAAGCGCCCGGGCACCUCCGGCACGGAGGCUGCCCUUACUCUCUCUCGGCGUACGGCCUCGGAGCGCCUGCGCCAGGCGCAACGGGCCGAGCGCACAUACAAGGCAAAGAAGCGGGCGGCCAUGGCCCGCGCUAACCGCGCCGAGGCCGCCGCUCACUUGCGACAGGCGAUGCAGCACUUCAAGCUGGGCGUGAAGCUUGCUUUAGCAGCCGUUAAGGGUGUCCCGUACAUUCUGAGGGAGAAGCGUGAGGUUGCGAAGAGGAGGCGCGAGGAGAAAGAGCGGAAGAAGGUCGAAGAGAAGAGAAGGAAGCUGGAUGAAAAACUGGCUGCUGCCGAGGCAGCCCUUGCAGAGUCCAAGUCUAGGAAGGAGAAGGUCCAAGAAGAGGGCACUGAAGGAAAAGAGGAGGAUGCUUACUAA